AUGAUAAAGUCUUUGUUCCAUCACUCCAGGAUAUAUUACUGGAUUCUUUUGGUGUUUGCAUUUUUAGUAACCUGUUCGACUUUGCUUCUGACGUACAAGCAUCACCAUAACACUCAUCCAGAGGACCGCUCUCAGCUCUUUCAUUUCGGAAAUGCGGAUUGGUCAUCGGCAAAAGCUUCGGGUACUUUGGGUCAUACCGAAACUUCCGAAAACGGAAGUAGAAUUUCCCAAGCCGGUCCAAUUGCAGAAAGAGAACCAUGCGCCGGGGCGGCCCAAGGGCCGGAGCCUGCAAUAAAUGAUACAGAAAUGGACUCGUCCUCGAGAUCAGAAAUACUCCAGGAAUACCGCAUUGUGGAUAGCGUCGUUACUCUGUUCCACCAAGGCAACCAUCAGUGUGGUCCUGGUUCAGUAUGCCUCAGCUUUUUAAAUGGCGGCGGGAUGUCUCAAUCUUUGAGCGUGGCAGGUUGGGUGCGCCUGGACACAGCCCUGGAUGAAGUGUUUGACGUUACCGCAUUUUCCAUUGGCCCGGUGAGCCUCAAGUUCGCGGCGCCCGCGGUGCCGUACGUUGGCGUGGAAUCGGCGUGGCCCGACGUGCGAAGACAAUUUGAACAUAAGCCCGGCCUGCGUGGGAACUGCGCGGAUCUUACCAUACGUUCCUACGAGACCCAAUCUUUCGAUGAUGCUUUGCGAGAGUGUGCGCAGUUGCCCGGUUGCACUGUCGUCACACGGAACUCGCAUGACCUGUCCACAUUCUUCUGUCUUGCGGCGUAUUCCAUUGAUACUCCAGAUGGCGCCUGGGCAUCGGCAGUCUUGCGUGAAGCGCCUCCCUUCCACCAAUAUUCCGGGGCAGUCACCGUAAACAGCUGGAAUUACUUUGCAAUGACCCACGAAUCUGGGAUUCUGCGCUUUUAUGUGAAUGGGUUCCUUCGCCAAACAAUGGAGGUCAGCAUUCCCGAGGAUGUUACACAGCUGGACUUAGGGCGAUCUCCACGCUGGUUUGAGAGCCGCUUUCCGGGACAGAUCGGGAAUAUUCGCGCGUGGCGUCGUCAGCUCCAGCCAAACGAAGUGGUGAUGAGCAUGUCAACCGAGCUCCCUACAAGGGACCAUGUUCUGAACGUGACCGCGUCGCCACUCUGGACUGGGCCGCCUCCCAUUAGACCGACCUGGGCUAGCCUUGCAGUGCCAAGCCAUGUAUCCGAAUGUGAUGCGGCAGUAAUAGUACCUGUACUGGAGCGCACGCCCUUCCCCCAGCUGCAGACGCUUGCGACCCAUCUGCAGCACUUCGCUGGCCACUCAUGCCAUGCCAAGGUGUUCAUGGUUGCAUGCUCACGCCAGGACUUGGGUAAUUCCAGUCUGGACAACCUUCAGGAUGCUGUACUCCUGCGGCCCGACGUUUCACUACGUUGGGAUGCAUGUGUCCAGUAUGGCUUGAAGCUGGCACUAGCAAAGGCCUACACAACGCCCUACAUUGCUGUGGUCGCCGAGUCCCUGGUGCCUUUGUAUGGCUGGCUGUCAGGGCUUGCGCAUGACCUGCAGCUGCAUACAGACACGUCUGCGGUUUUUGCCAAAAUCUUAUUCGCAAACGGCACAAUUAAAAGUGCUGGGUCUCGUUUUGAGCAGGCGUACGAUGACUACUUGGGACGUCAGGUGUUGCGGCCUGUCGAGAUGUACGCAGGUUAUCCAUGGAAUUACCAGACAACCAUGAAGACCAUGAUGAUACGUGGUGCAGGCUGUUCGGCAUGGCUUAUGCACAGCUCUGAUUUUCGCAAAAUUCUGGAGGAUGGUUUUCCUUCAGGUUUGGGCAGCAACCUGGCUUGCUCGGAUAUGGCACUCAAGCUUCAGCGCGGGGGCCGUGCUGUGCUCCUGUCUCCGCAGGGUGCCUUUGUUGAUACUGCAGCACGCAUACAGCACGAGGACACAGCCGCAUUGCAGGCGUUUGAUGAGGUAUGGGGAGCCGAUCUCGCGUCACAGCAUGCACUUGGACUGGCGUUCAACGCUACUGUGAGCUGGGUCAUGCAAUGUGGUGGAUAUGAAGGCAUUAAAGCUUACAACCUCAUGCAGCAUCUGGAGGGCCAACUGCAGCUUAGGGCGCAGAUACAGCGUGGUUGGCCAUUCUGUGAGCAUCCAGAUGUCCUCGAGGGGAUGCCACUGGCCUUCACGCAACGGCUGUACCGGCUUCGGCGCUUAUCAGCAUACCUGCCUUCAGACAUCAUUGUUCACCAGAAGGAUUACCGGCAGCUGGCUGCAUGGCCAUGGCCCCCAAGCAAUUCAUCCACGUACUUGAUUGGUCGCUACGGGUGGGAUGUCGACCCUAUCCAUCGCCAGUGGAUCGACCAGGUGAAGAACGAGUUGGAUGAGGUCUGGGUACCGUCCAACUGGCAUGCCGCAUCCCUAAGACAGCAAGGUGUCAGGACAGGCAAGAUUUUCGUCAUUCCUGAAAGCGUGGACUCUCACUUUUAUGACCCCGACAUUUGGGAGCCGCUCACUUUACCAAGACAAGCCCGGCUGUCUUUCCUGUCUUCAUUCCGGUUGGAUGACCACGCGGGCUGGCAGGCAGUGCUUUCGGCGUACCUGACGGCCUUUCGUAACUGCACAGAUGUUUCCCUAUACAUCAACACGGCGAUGUCCCCCGAGCUGUCUUACAAAAGGGCUUCUAUCUACGAGACCAUGAACACCUUCCUCCGUUCAAGCAAUGAUACGUACCUCCGUUCCAUCAGUAUGUAUCCUGAGCCUACACGGGGGGCACCGCACGUGUACGUGUUCGGCCGGCAACUGACACAAAUUGAGCUGCUCAGAAUCAUCUCUUCGGUUGAUGUGGUGGUGGUACCGUCCCGAGGUGACGGGUGGAACAGUCUGUACUUGGAAGCCAUGAGCCUGGGCAAGCCACUGAUAGCAACCACCUCUGCUGGUUUAGCUGAGCACAUCCAGCCGGGCUUUGCGUUUCAGAUUAACUACACGUCUACUGAGGUGCAUGGAUCAGACACGUGGUUUCGCGGAGCUCGUUGGGGUGAGCCGUGUGCUGAGGGGCUGAUCGCUGCAUUCCGUGCGGCGUAUAGCAGCAAAAGCCUGCAUGCGAUGGGGCGCGAGGCAAGGGUAAGGAUGGUCAAGGAGUAUGACAAUGAGGUGCUCUACUGCGCUACUUGCGGCCACUACUGCCCCAAGGCAGCUCAGUUGAAGUAUUUCCGCUGGUAUGGCGACACAGAGACGCCGCCAUUUGGUAUGGAUCCUACCAUGCAUGUUAUACGGCAAGAAAACUAUGGAGACUAUAUCGCGACAGCUCGCCUCAUAAAUGAUGGUGGCUUUCAUGCAGCCAUAUUACAGCACGAGUUUGGGAUCUGGGGUGGUACCGCUGGAUGUUUGGUUGUUUGCUUUUUAAAAAUGCUGGAGGUGCCAGCUGUUACUGUCAUUCACACGCUCAGCGACGACCGGGGAAACUCGGACCAAUACAUUUUGCAGCAAUUAUCGGCAGCAUCCACAGCAGUUGUCGUUAUGUCUGAAUCCUCCCGGAACAAGCUGGGGGCGUUCCACGGCAUCCCGGGCAACAAUGUCGUGGUUUUGCCACAUGGAGCGCCAGUGAUAUCUGCUGUGGACCCGCUUGCAGCGAAGGCAAUGCUAAACCUGACUGGAAGGACUGUACUGUUGACGCACGGCCUAAUAAACCCCAUGAAGGGUGUUGAUCUGGUGCUGGACGCCUUGCCCACAAUCGUAAAGGAGUUCCCCGCCGUGGUGUAUUUAGUCGUUGGCGAGCCCCACCCGGACUGUGGGUGGCCUUGCGCAAAUCACUAUGAGCAACUGGUCAAGGCUGUUUCAGAUCAUCGUAUCAUGGACCACGUCAGGUUUGUGACCAAAUUCCUUGAUGAUCGGUUGUUGUUGCAAUACGUCCAGGCGGCUGAUAUCUACGUCCUGCCGUAUAAGGAUCGCGUCAUGACCAACUCAGGCACCCUUACUAUGGCCCUUGCCGCUGGGAAAGCAAUAGUGUCUACCCCCUUCGAUCAUGCCGCGUCGGUGUUGCCGGGCCGCGGUGUGCUAGUAGAUUUUGAAAGCCCCACCUCGCUCCAAGAAGGAAUAUUGCAGCUGCUUCGUGAUGACGGCCUCAGAGUGAAGUACCAACAGGCAGCCAGAGAGCUGUCGUCCGGGAAGGAUUGGCGGUCAGUAGCCGAGGGAUACUUGUCACUGCUGCAAAAUAUAACGGCAUGA